ACCGAGCGCUCUGUGAACGGCGAAUGUUAAAAGUACAGUAAUAAGAGUUGUAGCCGGAAGUUGCGGUAGCCUCUCGGCCAUAGCGAACGUUCAUUUCACACAAGCGAAUAUCUGUCUUUAUGUCGUAGCGACGGUUUUUACAGACCGGAUAUAUUCAUUCACAGUAUUCUAAAGAAGAUUUGCCAUCAUGAGUCGUUUCUUUGCAACCGGCUCAGACUCAGAGUCUGAAAGCGCAUCGGAGGAGGAGCAGGUGCCAAGGGCGCCAGCAGCAACUUUUACUUUCAGCGAUGACGAAGAAGAAACAAAACGUGUUGUACGCUCUACAAAAGAAAAACGAUAUGAAGAGAUAAGCAAUUUAAUUAAACUUAUUAGAAAUUACAAAAAGAUCAAGGACAUGAGCAGUAUGUUGACUAGUUUUGAAGAUUUAAUGCGAGCUUAUCAGAAAGCUUUACCGGUUAUUACUAAAGAAGAACUUGGACAAACUCCACGAUUCUACAUAAGAUGUUUGGUAGAAAUGGAGGAUUUUAUUAAUGAGGUUUGGGAAGACAGAGAGGGACGUAAAAACAUGUCCAAAAAUAAUUCAAAAUCACUUUCAACUUUGCGUCAGAAGUUACGCAAAUAUAAUAAGGAUUUUGAAUACGAUAUUAUGAAAUUCAGGGAAAAUCCUGAUUUGGAUGAUGAUGAGGAAGAAGAAAAAGCUGAAGAAAUUAUCGAAUCUGAGGAAGAAGAGGACAGUGCGGUAGCUUUCAAGAAAGCAGGAUCGGAAGCUAGUGAACCCGAUGUUGCUAAGUUUAAGAAAGGUGCGACUGACGGUGAGGACGGCAGUGAGAGCGAUUCUGAUUGGGGCAGUGAUUCCGAGAGUGAGAGCACAAGUAGCGACGACGAGGGACAGUAUCAAAACAUUCGUGAACGUUACAUCAAAAAAGAUAGACCCACAGCCCAGGAAGACGAUGAAGAUAAGGCUAAGAGGAAAGAACAGCGUAAAGAGCGAAAAGAAAAAGAGCGGAAGAAGAAACGCGAUGAAGACGACGGCGAGGGAGAAUGGGAAACGGUGAAAGGCGGCGUGGCGAUACCGUCCGAAAAGCCGAAGAUGUUCGCGAAAGACGCGGAGAUCAACAUUCCCGCGGUCAACAAGAAACUUUCCGAAAUUAUUGCGGCGCGCGGUAAGAAACGUACGGACAGACGCGAGCAGAUCGAGUUGUUGCACGAGUUGCAGUCGAUAGCCGACGCCCACAAUCUUGGCUCGGCCAUGGCCGUGAAGAUCAAGUUUUCCAUUGUGUCUUCCAUAUUCGAUUAUAAUCCGAAAGUUUCCGACGCUAUGAAGCCCGAGUAUUGGUCCAAAAUAUUGGAACGCAUUACCGAGAUGCUGGAUAUGCUGUUAGGAAACACCGAUAUGGUGAUAGCGGAAACAAUCGUGGAAGAAAUGGAGGAGUUCGAAGUACCGCCUUAUAAAAUACACGGUUGCGUGUUAACAUUGGUGGAGCGUCUUGACGAGGAGUUCACGAAAUUAUUGAAGGAAUGCGAUCCGCAUAGCAACGACUAUGUAGAAAGGUUAAAGGAUGAGAAACAAGUUGCUGCCAUAAUUGACAAGGUACAAGAGUAUUUGGAAAGGCAAGGAACCGUUUCCGAACUAUGCCGCGUGUAUCUACGCAAAAUAGAACAUUUGUAUUACAAAUUUGAUCCGAAUGUUCUCAAACAGAAGGAAGGUGAACUAGGACCAGACGCGGUCACGUCGGUGCAAGUUAUGGAGAAAUUGUGCAAAUACGUUUACGCGCACGACAAUACCGAUCGACUGAGAACACGCGCGAUUCUCUCGCAUAUUUAUCACCACGCGCUUCAUGACAAUUGGUUCCAAGCUCGCGACUUGAUUCUGAUGUCGCAUCUUCAAGAAACCAUUCAGCAUUCCGAUCCGGCUACACAGAUUUUGUACAAUCGCACGAUAGCUCAUCUAGGGUUGUGCGCGUUCCGUCACGCGAAUAUAAAAGAUGCUCACAAUUGCCUGGUCGAUCUGAUGAUGACCGGUAAAGUGAAAGAGCUCUUGGCGCAAGGUUUGCUGCCUCAGCGCCAGCACGAGCGGAGCAAGGAGCAAGAAAAGAUAGAGAGACAGAGGCAAAUGCCGUUCCACACGCAUAUUAAUCUGGAACUUUUGGAAUGUGUAUAUCUAGUCUCAGCUAUGCUCAUCGAAAUUCCAUACAUGGCUGCGCACGAAUUUGACGCAAGACGAAGAAUGAUUUCUAAGACGUUCUAUCAACAACUAAGAUCCAGCGAACGUCAGUCACUGGUAGGCCCGCCCGAAUCCAUGAGGGAGCACGUUGUGGCCGCCGCUAAAGCUAUGCGAAAUGGCAAUUGGUCUGCCUGUAAUUCAUUUAUUAUCAAUGAAAAGAUGAACGCAAAGGUGUGGGACCUAUUCUAUCAAGCAGAUAAAGUGCGCGCUAUGCUAACGCGAUUGAUCAAAGAGGAAGCUCUGCGAACGUAUCUGUUCACGUACUCGCACGUUUACGACUCGAUCUCGAUGCCGAAACUGGCUGACAUGUUUCAGUUGAAGCGACCAGUAGUUCAUUCCAUUAUUAGCAAAAUGAUAAUCAAUGAAGAGCUUAUGGCAUCUUUAGACGAUCCAACAGGAACUGUGGUUAUGCACCGAAGCGAACCGAGUCGCCUUCAAUCUUUGGCUCUGCAACUCACUGAUAAAGUAAACAACUUUGUUGAUUCGAACGAACGCAUCUUUGAAAUGAAACAAGGUAACUUCUUCUCGAGAGGUAACCAAGGUAAUUUCCGCGACCGUCAAAAUUACAAUCGACAAGGACAGGACUGGGGUCGGCAGAGGCGCGACCGUGACCGCGAUCGCGAUCGCGAUCGUAAUCGCGAAGAGAAUCGAAAUUAUUAAAUAAAGAAAAGUAUUACUUAUUGAACUGUAAUCAGUGUUGACACGCAUCUGUAAACAUAUAAUAUUAAUUAUAUACUGAUAUACGAUAUUGGUAUACAAUUUUCUCUAUAUGCGCAAUAUUCGCGUAUUAUAUUUGCACGUGUAAAUAAGUAAAAAACAAAACAUUUCUUAUCCUAAUAUAUAAGAAAAUGAAAGCAUAUUUUAUUCUCGAGAGAGAGAUUCUUUAUGUUUCUUUUUGCCUUUUUUACUACAUACAAAAAAUGCAUAAAAAGCGUAUCUUUCAAACUAUAUAUAGGAGUAUGAUAUGUGAAGAAAAGACAUUCUCUUCUUGCAAUUCAAAAUAAAAAUGGAUUUAUUACAUAUAAUAAAUCGUGUGUGUAUAUUUACAUAAUUUUAUUAUGUCGGUUUAUCAUAAAUGACAUUAUACAAACAAGUAAUUUUAUGUAAAUUCUCUUCUAAUGAAAUAACGUUAUAAAAAGUUCUGAUUCCCUCGCAAACAUGGUUUUAUAAUAUGUAUAUAUAAAAGAUUCAACUGUUUUUUUUUUUUUUUUUGUAAG